AUGAUUGGCUGGCAAGCCCCGACCCAGGGGUGGGCUUGUUUAAACAUGGAUGGAUCAGUGAUGCUCAGUCAAGGAAGUGCAGCAGCGAGAGGAGUGCUCCGGAGUGAUGAAGGCCUCUUUAUAGACUCGGCUGCAACCAUUGCUUUGCUUCAAGGUGAUCAGACUCUUCAUCCCCACCAUACGCUGGUAAACUCGAUCAAGCGGCAGCUGAAGCAGCAAUGGGAGGUUCAUAUCAUGCAUGUGUUCAGGGAAGGCAACUAUGUUGCUGAUUACUUAGCUUCGGUAGGACAUUCUAUUCCUGUGGGGAUCCAGAUUGUGGAAAUCACUAGCUCUAUGCUAAAUCACUAG